GCAGGGAUUGGCGGUCCGGGCGGUGUCGUAAAUUUCCGCUUCGGGCGGCCUUCCGCUCGGACGGCUGUUGGGAGGGGGCCCGGGGAACGCCGAGGAGGGCUCGCGAUCCCUCGGCCCUAGGACUCGCCAUGAGGUCGGUGAGCUACGUGCAGCGCGUGGCGCUGGACUUCAGCGGGAGCCUCUUCCCGCACGCCAUCUGCCUCGGAGACGUCGAUAACGAUACGUUAAAUGAACUGGUGGUGGGAGACACCAGCGGGAAGCUGUCUGUGUAUAAGAAUGAUGACAGCCGGCCAUGGCUCACCUGUUCCUGCCAGGGAAUGCUGACUUGCGUUGGGGUUGGAGACGUCUGUAAUAAGGGAAAGAACCUGCUGGUGGCAGUGAGUGCUGAAGGCUGGUUUCAUCUGUUUGACCUGACACCGGCCAAAGUCCUGGAUGCCUCGGGGCAUCACGAGACGCUCAUGGGAGAAGAGCAGCGUCCAGUCUUCAAGCAGCAGCAGCACGUCCCGGCCAACACCAAGGUCAUGCUGAUCAGUGACAUCGACGGAGAUGGGUGCUGUGAGCUGGUGGUGGGCUACACGGACCGGGUGGUGCGGGCUUUCCGCUGGGAGGAGCUGGGCGAGGGCCCCGAACAUCUGACCGGGCAGCUGGUGUCUCUCAAGAAGUGGAUGCUGGAGGGGCAGGUGGACAGUCUCUCGGUGACUCCGGGGCCACUGGGCGUUCCUGAACUGAUGGUGUCUCAGCCAGGCUGUGCUUAUGCAAUUCUCCUGUGUACCUGGAACAAGGACUCCGAGUCCUCUCCGGCCUCUGAGGGGGCCACGGAGGGCAGUCGAGAGACCCCGGCUGCCCGAGACGUGGUGCUGCACCAGACAUCCGGCCGGAUCCACAACAAGAACGUCUCUACUCAUCUCAUUGGCAACAUAAAUAGAGGCCACGGCGCCGGAAGUGCUGGCUCUGGCCUCUUUGCCCUGUGCACCCUGGACGGGACGCUGAAGCUCAUGGAGGAAGCGGACAAGCUGCUGUGGUCAGUGCAGGUGGACCACCAGCUCUUUGCCCUGGAGAAGUUAGAUGUCACGGGCAAUGGGCAGGAGGAGGUAGUUGCCUGUGCCUGGGAUGGACAGACGUACAUCAUCGAUCACAACCGCAGUGUCGUCCGCUUCCAAGUGGAUGAAAACAUCCGUGCCUUCUGUGCAGGUCUGUAUGCCUGCAAAGAGGGCCGCAACAGCCCCUGCCUGGUGUACGUCACUUUCAACCAGAAGAUCUAUGUUUACUGGGAGGUGCAGCUGGAACGGAUGGAGUCCACCAAUCUGCUGAAACUACUGGAGGCUGAGCCAGAGUACCGAAGCCUGCUGCGAGAGCUAGGCAUGGAUCCUGACGACCUCCCUGCGGCCCGUGCUUUGCUUCACCAAACGCUCUACCAUCUGGACCAGCCACCGCAGGGUGCUUCCUCAAACCUCCAAGACCCCACCUAGCUGGACUUGCCCUCGUAGCUGGCGAAUGAUCCUUCCGAGCCCUCCCCACCCCCUACAGGUACCCGUGGUCUAGGCAGGUUAGGGAAUACGCGUGACAGAGGUGCGGGAUUUGAUUCUGAGCGUGAAAGAUGGCGGCAGCUCUAGGGUGACCACACACUGUAGACCUUGCGGUCUUUUGGUGAAAGAACAGACAAAUGGACCCUCUGCCCUCUUCCUCGUGGACCUCACCCAUGACAUCAGCAGGGUCACAGGACUUUGGCCUUGUUCCAGGUCAUCUGGGAUGUGACCCUGCACCCAAGCUCCCCAUUCUCACUGCGUAGGAAACAGAUUUGUUUGUGAGGAACGAGGACAUACCUCGUGCAUGGCCCCAACGCCGGAAGGAAGCCAGGUGAGGCCCAGGGGCCCAGUGGAGAGAAGGGCUCCUCCCCCUCCUCAGUUCUGGCUUUCCCGGCACAAUUCCAGGUCACUGACAUUUGU